CAUCAACAUACUCCACAUAUUCAUCAUAUCACUAGAUUCCAUCAGAGUUGCAUCAUGGUUUCCCUUAAGAACUUCUAUACUCCACGCGAGACUCGCGAGCAGGUCUUCGCCGAUAUCAAGAGCGUCCUGCAAGCUAUCCUUGACUUCUGCAUUGCCAACAAGGACUUGCUGACCCAGGAGGAGCGAUCGUCUUUUAUAGAUGAAUACCGCAGUCUUGAAGAUGCUUAUGAUCAGUUGGGCAAGGACAAGGGCACAUCUUUUAAUAGCACCUUGCCCGGGCUACUCGACGAGUGCGAGAAGUUGAAGUUGAGGGUACAGAGGGCGUGCAGGAAACGCCGACAAGAUAACAUAAGAAAAGCGCCAGUAGCUCCAGCAGCUAUAGCUACCCCCGAAUCUUUCAAAUCAUCCAUUGCGCUGAUUGAUCCCGACCCACCUGUCAGGGCCCCAUCCGAAAUUUCCAUUUCAGCUCAGUCCAAUCCCAAUCUUGUCACGACAGGCGGAGACGGCUCGAACUCGAGCACUCCCAGCCUUUUAACAGGUACAAGCAGUUCUGUAGUCUCCGCCAGUAUUCCUGAAGCCCAAGAAACAGCCUCGAGCACCUACGCAGCACCCACGGAGAGAAGUUCACGUGCACCGCCUCCCGACCAAGGCCACAUCAUAUUCGACAAUAACAAUAACUGCAUGAUAUUCGAGCAAUACUCGUCUAUUGGGUCACCUACAUUUAACAUUGACUCCGAGGGGGCAACUGGAGCAACAUUGAUAUCCUGUCGUGAUGAUCCAUCUCUCGGGAUCUCAGCACGGCGUGAGGGUGUCAUGUAUUUCGGCCCUGGCGUGACAGCGUCUAGCGCAACCUUGAACGUCCGGUCUCCGGGUGCUUCUGGCGUCCGUGAGUACACUCUUAAUUGUAAUCGACUGAUGCAAGCUUGACGUUGACUGAAAUUAUCUUUGGUAGAACAAAUUGUUUCUUACCGCCAGAACCGUUGACUGAAUCAUUCAGUUGAGCGAGUUACCUAUAAUACCCACAAGCCUUGCGUGUGAGCGCAGAGUAUUAUACAAAUUUGUAAAUAGCUGUGCAUAAUAGUAGCGACUUGUAGGUCUAUAUUUACAUAAAUAGUACAUAUGCGACAUCGAAUGGGUUUCAAAAAGGCUUCUUCUAUU